AUGAACCCCGACGGCUACCCGUGGGGCUACCCCUCCGCCGGGUACUACGAGCAAGCAGGUGGGAACGUUCCCUACAAUGCGCUACAGCCGCCCAACACGAACCUCGUCCACGGCGCCCCCAACAACACGCCGCAGCAGCAAGCCAUGCCCUCAGCGUACCACGUUCAUCAAGGCCUCUACCCCAACCCUGGCCCCAAUCUCCCAAACCAGCCGCUGGCCUAUGUGCAGCCCAAUGGCCACGCCAACUACGCCUACAACCCUGGCUACAUGUGGCAGGCGGCGAAUCCAGGUUACACCCACGCCUACAACAUGCACCAGGCCCCCUACAACAUGCACCACCAGGCCCCCUACAACAUGCACCACCAGGCCCCCUACAACCAUGACCCCUUCAACAUAGCACAGCAAGCUGCCUACAACGAGCAGGUAGUCGUGCCAGCUCGGGGCGACGCAACAGUCGUGUCCCAUGCCCCUAUCCCGCACCCAGCCUACCAGCAGCCGCCCCAAGCCCCUAACCAACCUCCGGCGUGGGGUGGCGCGUCGUUCAUGUCCCUGGUGACCAACUCCCAUUCACCUGCCGCUGCCAACACUGCUCGAGUCCGCCCACUCCCCUACAGUCCCCGUCCAUCGUACAGCCCAGACCCAUCGUACAGCCCAGACCCAUCGUACAGCCCAGACCCACCGGGCCACAUGCCUGCUUCAUCGUACCGUCGCGACCCCAAGGACCUGCGGUUCGCCUACCGCGAUCUGCAUGAGGAUCUCGGUCUGGGCGGCUUCCGCUCCUCGUUUCAAACUGGCCACAGGGUUGCUGGUCCGACGGAUGGCGUGUGUUCGUGGAAAAGGUUCCUUGGAGAGCACAAGCCAUUCCUCCAGCAGCGCCUUGACGCCGUGUUGGCUGCGUUCCCCGACGCGACCGGGGAGGAGAUGAAAGACGACAUAUUCGGUCGUGAUAGUCCCCCCGGUCCAGGAGAACGCCACCUCCGAGCUCGCAACGACGGCAUGCCCGACGCGCUAGCCAACAGGCUGCACAAACACCUCCAAUCCAGGGAAGUUGUCGCCUGCGUUCUCGCAGCCUGGGCUGUUCACAAGAACCAUGGCCGUGGUCCUGCCCCAGACCUCACCGUUCCGAAGACCCCCGACGGCCAGGAGUGUGGUGAUCGAGAGCUCGAGUAUCGCUGGGCCUUCGAGAUUCUGCUCAAGCUAGCCCCAAACAAGGUCUCCGGCCAAGGAACUCCCUGUAACCACUGUCGCGGCCGCAACAGGCAGGCCUGCUUUACGUCCCGUCUCUUCCACCCCUACAGGUGCUUCUCGUGCUGGAUGACUGGCAAGACGGACUGCAGCAAGGAGCCCCCUCCUAAGCGGAUCCGCCGUGCCACCCAAUUGGGCAGGCUCGCCGCCAACCAGCCCCCGCAUGUCCAGGAAUACUGGCGCAGCCUUGCAUAA